AUGGCAUCCUACGAAGUGAAGCAAAAUCUUUUUUUAGGAGUCGGUACAAUCCUGAAUACACUUGUAACUGCCCUAGUUAACCUGGUCGCAGCUUACUACCUUCUCAUUUACAAGAAAUCAACAUUCUCUCGAAAGCAAUACAAUAACUUCCUUAUGGGUCUGCAAGCGGUCAUGGGAAUUUUUCUCGCUCUUACCGGCUACACCUGGACAGCGGUGAGUGGCCGGCGGAAAAUCUCGGCUGUUCAUUGGCCACUUUUUGUUUGCUGUUCUUCGGUACCAUGAUGGUCAUGGUAACACUCGUCAUGUCUGCCGAACGAUUUAUAGCCAUGUGCGUGCCGUUUUACUAUCAACAACUUAUAAACCUUCGAAAAGUUAGGAUAGCGGUUGGGUAUAUUUUUGUACAUUCUGCAGCACUAGCUAUCCUGCCUCUCUUGUUAAAGAGCAUCGAACUGACAAAACAUCCCAUAGCAGUGUGCUUGUACUCGCUUAACUCCACGAGCAAUGGCGAAGUAAUCGUUGUACAUGCCUUCAUUUGCAACUUCUCGCUGUCCAUUCUACUUAUGCUUGUAAUGAACGUUUCAGUGCUUAAAGCUUUGAAGAGAAUGAAUUUGUCCGUUGGAACUGGGGUUCUUACACAGAGUGCAGGUGAUCGCGAGGCCAUAAUACUCUCUAACCUAACCGGAAUUAUGGCUCUAUCCUAUAGCCUGGCUUGGGUUCCAACUUUGGUAAGGAAAAACGCUUUAUAUGAGUUAAUCUUUAAAAGAAGAUUGAAAGCAGGCCGGGAAAAUCUGGGUGGAGGCUAUGAUCACACACCAAGCCCUCUCGGACAACCGCUCAGGCAUAAAGUUUGAUGUGCGUGAACGACUUUUUCCAGUUUUAUGCCGUUGCUGUUUAUACUAUACCGGAUAGAUUGGCGUGUCGGCAUGAAAAACUAUCCGAUAUAGUCUGACACUAACAAAGCCUCAGUCAAGCCGGAUUGGGUGUGACGGUGUAUAUCGAUCUACUGAAUAUUAAAUUAAAACUAUUGUUUGGAUCCAGAGUUAUUUAAUGCACAGGCAAACAAGGAAAGGAACUCCCUAAAAUGACCAGCAUUUCCUUAAAGACCUUCUCAAACCAAGUUGAAACUUAGACUCGCCGCAACAAAAAGUCAUAUCAUUUUUAUCUUUGUAUCACUGAAGUCUGGGUAAAUGUGGGUAGGCCCCAGAGAGAUGUGGUACACUUUCCCUUGUCUUUUACAAGGGAGCUAAGCAACGACGACAAUAGUGAAAACGUCACUUCGAAAAUGAAUUCACAAUGUUUCUAAAAUAACUGCUCUUAUUCCACGUCAUUCAAAUGUUGGUGAAUUUUUCUGGAGUUGAAUUCUAAAGGACUGUAUCUAAGAUUCGAAAAAAAGAUUAUUAUUAGAAAAACAUGCGGAGUUGUUGUUUUGAUUAUCUAAACCUAUUGUUUUUUGCCGUUGUUGUCGAUGCCGUCGUCGCCGUUGAGUUGAUUAAGCUCACUAACAUCACUAGUCUCCCUCGCAGGCGGUUUUUGGAUGUCACGGAGCGUUGCGUGACAUCUAAAAAACGGCUGCGAGGGAGACUAUAACAUCACAUGAUUGACAACAUCUCUCUCCUUUCGCCAGGCUCGAGUGAUGCUCAGUUAUCACGCAAAUUGGCGCAGUAUAUACUUCGACUUGUUCGCGUUUGGUUUGUCAACCGUUGAUCCAUUUGUGCAUCCAGUCACCUGUAUAUUAGUAAGCCGGCGAUACAGAGCAGGAUAUGCGGACGCCUUUAAAGAUAUCGUGUCGAGAAUUCGUGGAUGGAUUUGCAGCUUCAAGCCUCGAACGAGAGUAUAUCCGCUUAACUAUACACCCAGUGUUUCAAACACAUAUAACAGUGGUCUGAUUCACGUUACCUGGCAACAUGAGUCACGUGUGAAUUUAAGAAACAACUGUGAUAAUUCUGCGCAGUGUGCAACACCCAAGGCUCAUGCGAGUGUUUUAAGACUUGAUGUAAUUCAAGAAACUUAG